AUGACUUCCCGGUAUGCUGUGGUUUCCCUCCCCCUCAGCGCCCUCGACUCGAGCAACAGAGACGAUGCCACAUCCGCCCUCAGCGCCGUCGUUUCUUCCGACAAUGGCUCUGUGAGCCCUUUCAACGUCCCCGACUUCAAAAUCGGCACCCUGGAUGCCCUGGUUCAGCAGGCCGACGACCUGGCCAAGCUGGAGUCGACUUGCCACGCGGUUGUUGCCAAGGUCGGCGACUCCCUAAAGUCCGUCCUGAACAAUGAUGAGGAGCGUCUGGCUUCAUACAAGAUGGUGAACGACAAGCCCCCAGAACAGUACCUCCGCAACUUUACCUGGAACAAGAUUCGAUACCGCAGCGACAAGUCUCUAGGCGAGCUGAUAGACAUGCUGAAAAAGGAGCUGACCACCGUCGACACCGACGUCAAAACCAAGUUCAACCAGUACAACACGAUCAAAUCCAACCUCGCCGCUUUGCAACGGCGUCAGACUGGCAACCUUGCAACCAAGUCUCUGACCCCGAUUGUCAACCCAAAACUCCUCAUCCAAGACUCGGAAUACAUGGAAACGCAUUUGAUCGCGGUGCCGACCAACUCCAAAAAAGAGUUUCUCAAAUCUUACGAGACCUUGGCUCCCAUGGUUGUGCCUCGGUCGUCUGUUGAGGUUGACCACGACGAAGAAUUUACGCUAUUUGCCGUGGCCACUUUCAAGAAGCACAGCGCCGAGUUUGUGCAAAAGUGCCGAGAACAAAAGUGGACUCCUCGGCAAUACACGUACGUCGAGGGUGGUAGAGAAGAAGAGCAGCGCGAACUGGAUCGGGUGACCAACGAGGAGCGCAAGGUCCGCGGCGAAGCCCUCCGCCUCGGCCGAACAGGGUGGAGCGAGAGCGUCAUGGUCUGGAUUCAUGUCUUGACGUUGCGAGUCUUUGUCGAAGCUGUGCUGCGAUACGGUCUACCCCUCGACUACUACACAGCCUUGAUCAAGACCACACCGAAACUGGUGGCCAAAGUCAAAACCGCCCUCGAUUCGAAUUACGCAUACUUGGGCGGCAACGCAUUCGGACGCGACAAGCGCGGCUGGGUGACCAAGGAUGAUGCUGCGAUGAGUUCCGAGAUGGCAGCAGCGGGGCUCGGAACCGGCGAAGGACACGAGUACACAGCUUACGUUUACUACGAAAUGGAAUUCCCGUGA